GGACUCAAGCUGUCAAAACGGCGAGCGAUCAUCUGAUGUUUCUUCUUCGCUGUUUUCGCUGCUCUAUUUUCGAGACGAACCCAAAAUCCAUUCUAAUCUGUCAAUUUUUUUCUGUUGUUUCAGAAAGAAUCACGGCGAGCUGUUGAAUAUUGGGUCAUUGGUGACGAGAAGUGGGUAGUUAACGAGCUACUGUGUGAAGGGUGGAUACGAAGGACUAAAAUAGUUGCAAAAAAUGGCAUCCCUUAAGGAUUGGGAUAUUAUCAAGCUAACAACGCUGAUCACGAACGUGGACACAAAGCUAUCCGCGAGCACGAAAACGGAUUGUGAUUUUCAGAUUCUGUGCCUGGUGCGGCAAAAUGAUCAGAUCCUUUUUCGGUACAUCGACGGUAGCGGAGAGGUGCAUCUCAUGCUCAUAUGCUGGUUCGCCGACAAUCGGAAGUGCGUGCAGGAUAUUUGCUUCGACAGCAGCGGGAGUUGGUUGUUGGUAUUUUGUUACGACAACACGCUCCACAUCGUCCCCGCCCUCUCGAUCUGCGACAAGACCAAACAGGUUGAUGCUACCUUCAACCAGGAUGAGAUCACAUCCUUCAUCGUGCCCUUUAUCGGCCCGCACGAGUGUCCUAAUCCCCAAACUUGCCCAAACAACUCGCACAACCUUUCGUCGGUGGCUUCGCACCGUUCAUCGAUCGCAUCAGAAAUAAGCACCAAGUCUAGCCUCAGCUCUGAACUGGCCAGUCCUGGGUCAACCCAGCAAUCAUCGGGGAUGAAGCGAUCGGAGUCGGUGUACACGACCCACAAGAUCGACGAAAUAUUUUCAUUGAAUAGCAUCUACAGUCAGCUGUACGGAGGAGAUGAGCAACAGGCACCGGCGGCGGUCGCUACUACGCCGAUAGCGAUGAAGACGAUUGAGAACUUUUUCGCGGAAGGAGCUGGAGCCCUUGGGGCGAAGGAUGAGAAGAGUGGGACGAAAUGCUCAACCCCACAGGAAUGCUGUAGCAGAACGAUCAGCUCCAGCAUCGAAUCUACGAUAUCGGUUUCGUGUCCUUAUCCAACGUGCUGCAGCUGGUGGAGGACCCUUACCGACGAACCACGGGCUAUUUUAGGAUACUCAGAUGGAUCGAUUUGUGUUGUAGCUUUGACGCCGAACUGUCCCUUUCUGGGGAACACCAACUGCGAACGAGGUUCCAUCGACAAGCUGGUGAUUUGCCAGGAUAAUAAUAAGGAAACAAUCAGUCUGAUGAUUAACACAUCAACCAAAGAGCAGUGGAAGUUGCUGCUGGAGCAAAAAUCCAUCAAGUACACCUUUCCAGGGGAUAUCUCACCGACUUCUAGUCAAGAUUUGAAAGCGGAAAUGAUGAAGACGCUGGGAGAGUUUAGCGAAAAACCUGACUCAGGAACUAUGGAUGACUGGCAGAUAGUCCUCGCGCUGCCCAAAGAUUUGGGCGGUGCCGAGGGUUCCAGUGAUCAAGCCCAGGGUGAUAAAACUUCUAGCCCAAGCGGAUCAGAUACUCAAUCGAGUGAUGAGUUUGAAAAAGUGGAAGGAGAAGGGUUCAAUGACGAAGGAGAAAAAGAAGGAAAAGACCUACCAAGUGGGAUACCCAAAUUGUUUCCGGCUGCCAAAGCGAGGCUGCUCUCAUUGAGGGAUUUAGGAGCUAAGAAGAUUGGUACUUUAAAGUUAAAGCUUUCCGAUAGUAGAAUUAAGGCCAAGGAGAAAGAGAGAAUCAAAGAACAAGCGGGUAACCUGGCCGUGGUGGAGCUACCCGGUAUGUAUCCGGAGAUUUUGACCACCCCUGCUGGUCCGUAUUUCGUUGUGCAAUACUUGGAUGGACAAUACUUGCUAAGUGCCCUCCACACGUACUCCGACACCCUAUCUGUUCAUAGCAUGGAUAUCAGUUUGAUCCCUCUACACAUCUACAAAGUACCAGAACAAUGCAAAACUACCAUUCUCACGAAGAACGUCAUUUAUGUUGUGCAUCAAGUGAAUUUGGAAUCGGAAAAAACAACGGAUAGCACAAACUCAUCGUCUAAUGCCAACGAAGAGGCAACUGGCAGCAGUCAGGCAAGACGAAGCACUGAAAGUAGCAUAGAGAAUCUUCCGAGCAGCCAAAAUCAGACACAAACGGACGAUGGGGAUGAUUCGACGGAAACCACAAACACCAAUUUGGUGAAUGCUGUUUCCGUUGUGAGCUGUCAAAUGGCUUCGAUCAAGAUGAGUGACGAUUAUGAAUUCAACGAGCAUGCAAUGCUGGCACUGUUUCAGUUCCCGAACGAGAAAAUACUCGACAUUCAUCGAGUUAGUUCUCUGGGUGAGAACAACGGUGACAAGGAACCAGAACCAGAAUCAAAACCCAAGCAAGAGGAUCCGAACGACACGCGCUCACCAUUUAUCAAGUCAACCGUGUCCAAUUACCUGAAAAUGCAAAGGAGCCUUCGCAUGGACAAAAAGUUGGAAACCAACGAGGGUCAGGUUAUGAUAAAUGAAUUUCCUAAGGUUGAAUUCGACAAAGCUGUGAUUGUCACCGACAAAAAUCUGUACGCUGUCGAACUGUGCGAUACAGCGCGGAAUUUAUUUCUGAAGCUGGCGCAGAAAUCGAUUUGGGCUGCUUGCGAGGACUUUUGUACCACCUUUGGACUUCCGUUGGCAACAUGUAUCGAGUACGCCGGUGACCAACUGCUAAAGAAACGAAAAAUCACAGAGGCUCUGAUGACUUACAAUGUGGCAAGGUUAUCUCCAAUGAAAACUGCACUCAAGUUCGCAAUGGUCAACGAAAACGGGGCGCUAAUGAAGCUGUGCUCGAUGGCUUUACGCAAUUCGCAUAUCAUCAAUAGUCAGUUUGUUAUGCAUGAUGUUAUGAAAAUUCUGGUCGAUGAGGCCCACUUAGGAAACGUUAUUUACGAUUCUCUGAUGAAUCUUAACGCUAAAAUAUCACUCAAACCUAUCAACGCGGGAGCUCAAUGCAGUGAUUACUCUUACGAUAACGAUGACGUCUCGUGGGAUGUUCAGAUUUCGACAACGGCGCAAUUCCAUCUAUCGAACCUAAUGCUACUCACUUUGUGCGAACGCUGUGUUCAGGACAAAAACUAUAUCCCACUGUGGAACUUUAUCGUAACUAAUAGCAAAUAUCAUACCAGUCUGGCGUGUAUAGUCCUCGCCCAGGGCAAACUUUACUCCUCAGCCGUACUUCUAGCGAUGACUCGAGGAACCUGUUUAGAUGUAUUCAGUUGUUUGGUCGGUAUCUGGGAACAGUUGGCCGAAAGCAAUCCGGAGAUAAACGCCUACGCGUACAAUCUAUCCAACGAGUUGUUCAUGGAAAGUUUGAUUUAUCUCCAGGGUUGUACCAUGGAUUAUUUCGAGAUGAUUCGCAAAUGUAUCGCAAAGUUUGAUAUCAACGUUUUGGAACGUCUGAUCCGACAGCUGAAUCCGUUCCACCCGAUCUAUCGGCCGCUGAUGCACAAGUUAUCCAAUCACGACAGUGCCUCCCGAGAGCUGGACAAGAACCUUCUGAUGUUCUGCAAGGCAUUGAUAGAGACUUUCCUAGUCGUUUCAAUCCGAGCGCAGAUGCUGAAGAUGCACAGUGGGAAUUUCCUGAGUGCGCUCACGCUGGUUCGUGUCCAUUAUGACGAGAAACUGGUGGAAAUUCGACUGAGGCAAUACUCCCCAAUCUCCGCCGGUUUCUCACAUGCUGGGUGUGUACGGGACAAGGUUGCAUAUCUUUGGGGCUCUAAUGGGGUCAAUUGUGCACUGAGUAGAACCUCGCUACAAGGUGAUCCGCUAAAUCCGAACGGGAGUCCGCCGAAUGCAGCGUUUAUGACGCAACUGGACCUGGAGGUACUGGCCGUACAGUGUGGAAGACUGCAUACACUGCUUUUAACAAAUAACGGGGUUUACUCGAUGGGGGCCAACAGUUUGGGACAGCUCGGCAUUGGCAGCCACGUAUUGAACGCCCUCCAGCCAAUGCUGGUCCAGGCUUUGGAUGGAAAAAAUAUCACGCAUAUUUGCGCCGGACAGUAUCACAAUGCCGUUGUGGCUAAUGGAUUUUUAUAUACCUGGGGGUGGGGUAUUUUCGGACAGUUGGGGCACGGUUCGGUAGCGGAUUGCCCCAAGCCAAAAGUAGUGGAGUUUUUCAAGAAAAAGAAUAUACAGCAGAUUGCCCUUGGCCAUGCACAUACUCUAGUACUCUGCAAGCAGGACAACAAUACCAAAAAUGUUCUGUACGUUUUCGGUUCUAAUCACUACGGACAGCUCGGGUUGGGCCAAGAAGAUCGGUUCAAUGUGACGAUCGAUACCAGAAAUGGAAAAUCAUUCGUACUUUCGCUGAUACCACGCCGGUUAGACUUUUGCGAAGAAAUCUCGCUGAUCGACACAAAACUUUUCGUUAAUUUGGUUCUUACCGCCAGCAACAAACUUUACACUUGGGGCGCAUCACCGCAGUCCUUACGUCUGGCCACUCAAGCUCGUAAACGUGCAAAGUCUUCACAUAAAAGUCGUUCCUCGCAACACACGGGACCAGCACCUGGUACCACAUCCAAUACCAAAACAAAUGAACCACCGUCGUCAGCUGUUUUAUCACCCACUAGUCAAGGUGACCAAUCGGCUGCCGCAGAAAAUGUUGAAACUGAGCAGAAACCAGAGCAACCAAGGAGCAGAACAGAAGAGGAGUUGAAGUCGCCAACUGUGCCGAUUCCGGAUAUUAAGAUUGAGGACACUAGUGAAGAAUCGAGGACUUCGGAGCUGGAAGGAGAUAGUCAAACGCAAUCAACAAUUGGUGAAGAAGUCGCGGAACAUUUGGUUCCCAGCCUGGUCGAUACAACGCUUGUGCGGGAUGAUAUUGUGAAGAUUUCAAGUGGUUUGUACCAUUACGCCCUAGUCACCGACAAAUCACACAUCUACACCUGGGGUAAAAAUAUCGAACGACAACUCGGGCGCGAAGGUGGUCGCAAUGAGGUACUUAUUCCCACCAAGUUGGACACCGUAACAGGCGUAGAAUAUGUCGAGUGUGGAGCCGACUUCACGCUAAUUAUGACCGACGAUGGAAGUGUAAAGUCAUGGGGUAACAAUAAUAUGGGCCAAUGUGCAAAAGAAAUCAACCAGGAACGAAGUGGAGUCCCUGGAAAGCUGGUGAGAUUGCCGAUCUCGAACAGAUUGGUUCGGAUUCCGGACAGCUCUCAGUUUAUCGAGUUGCCGCACGAAAUAAAACUACCAUACAGCGAUGGAAGCUAUGCGGCGGGUUGGCAGUGUAUGCGUCUGAUAAAGUCGAUGCCAAAGUUCAGGCGGAAUUUUGUUGUCAAGAGCACACUGGAGAAGGUAAUUAGUAACAAUAUCUCGACAAUUAGUUCCAGCUUGAACGAUGUCAGCAACACGACCGAGAUGGACGACUUUGUCGGGGAGCUACGGUCCGCUUUUGACUGCAGAAUACAACAUCAGAACGCGAGCACCAUGUCCUCGUUGCAAUCCGUGUCGUACGCCACCUCUCCGACAUCGCUGGCGGUUGAUGAGGAUGAGGAUGAUGUUGGGAUGGAUGAAAUGGACGACACAAGUUCCGACUCUUCGCGUCUGUUUAACGACCGUCAUCUGUUGAGCAACGAAUUCAUUCACUAUUGCAUGUAUAUCUUCCACGGUUUGUACAGCCAGGAAAAUUUGCUUACACUGACGAAGCGGUGCAACGAGUACCACAUCCGAAUGAUGAUGCUCAACUACGAUUACGUGGAGGCUUUCCAUCUUAUUCUUGAGCUUCUGUCCGGAUCAUUAUCUUCGUCCGCUUCUUCAGCCACGGUUGCGAAGACAACAAUGAAUUUAGUUAAAAUUUUCGAGUAUUUCACCAAGGACUCCAACAUUAUCCCAAUGGACACGGCCAACUUUAAAUACUUCAUCUACGAACUGUUCAUGUUCUUCAUCAAGCAUAACAUCAGUCUCGACGUGCUGGAGGACUAUUUCCUGCGCAAUCUCGAGUACUACCUAACCCAGCUGGCAUUCGUGUUGUACUUCAGCAACACCAACAACAUACUAGCCGGCCAGCGAUCCAACGUGGAUACCGAAACGCUGGAUCUGGAACGUAAAUUGCUGGAUAAGUUCAACAAUAAUGGAACCAAUCUUCUUGCCUCGGAUUCGUUUGGCACCGCCAGUUCGCCACAAUCGGCAGCGAGGGUGACCCGCAAGCUGGAGAACACCGAAGUCAUCAGCAAGUCCCUAUCGACCAAAUUCUGUGUGGUUCUGUGCCAGAAACUGAUCGAGUACUUCGAUCGGUACAAAUGACUACAGCUGUACGACGAGGAACGUUCACGUUAGUGGUGCCCACUUCUGUACACCUAUACCAGGCAAAGGGGCGAUUUUUUUAUUUACACGAGUGAGUUGAUGAUUUUUAAGUUGUAUAACAAUUUUACUCGGUACUUACGGCAAUCGGAAUUGUGCAUGAAACUCUACUCAAGAUUUUGUUAAGAACGACUUAGAGAUAAAAAUAGCUUAUUUAUUUUGUUUUUUUUUUAAUUUUAUGUAUCCUGUGUGUCGGUAGCAACAAACGUGGCGAUAAUUUUUAACGCUAAAUUAAAAUGAUAUACACUAUUUAUACCAGCCUCAGUAAAGUUUCUUGAAUGAAAUUUAAAGACUGAAAAUUUAUCAGUACCACUCGAGAAAAUCAACAAAACACAUCAUUGGUUUACAAAACGUUAUUGUGAUGUCCAUUAUCGGAACUGACUGGCAACACUGUAUAACAUCAGAUUUGAACAUUUUUCCCUUCACUUUUUAUAUCCUUCCUCCUUCCGGUUGAAUUGGUCUCAAACGAUCGGGAUUAUAUGCGAGCUGAUAUCUCGAUUGAAAAGUUGACACUACUGUAUCUGCGGAAUCGCCACGAAUUCAAUUGCCUUGGAAAUCAGAUUGUUGGUAAUUGCAAUUAGACACUUGGUCCUGGUUAGUGAAAACUCUACCGAUGAGAAAAUUAUCUUUGUGCACUGCCCAUCGACUUUUUCACUGUUUCGCAUUCUAAACAAUGUAAUACGUUAGCUCAACAUGCAAACAAAAAUUUUUUGUUCGAAAACAUUUGAGCAAUUUUGAAAAAACAUUUCCGAAAAAUCACAUAACAGACGUAGUUCCAUACAAUUGUCAGUAUUAUGUGCUAUAAGCUAAGUCUACAUUUGAAUCACAUUCUUUGUAGAGUCCAAACAUGUUUUUUGGAUUGAUAGUUUUUUUUUAAUAAAAUCGAUCUUGUUCUCCCUUUGCCACUUAACGGUAUUCCGGCUGUAUUGGCAGCUUGCCAAGUCAGAUCAGAACUUCACUGGACCUUUGUAUGAUCGAAUGUAUGACAAAAUCCUGCUCUGAAGACACUCCUCCCUGUAAACUGUUCCAUUCGUAGUUGCUCAGGUGACGAAAACCUUUGUCUCCUCUCCACAACUUCAGAUCCCUGAUACCUUCCCCUUCAGAUCAGCGUAAGCAAACACCCCGAAACACUCCUUUUACGGUUGGCAAGAUAAAAUUUGUUACCGGCUAUUCGCCAGGAAUCCAUUUUUACGUAUGUUUCAUCGUCCAUCUAAAUGCAUCCUUUGUACUUGGUCAACACUUGCUCGUACAGCUUCCUUGCACGGGUUUUGGCAACCAAGUUUUGUUUCAGCGUCCUAUUAGGGUGUUUACUGGCAUGAAACGACGGCAAACCUUCUCGCACACCAAUUCGCCGAACUGUACUGUGGCUCGCCGUGAACUUUUUCGCCAAAUCCCGCAAGGAGAGCCCAGGAUUGUUGUGGAAUGCUCUAUGCCUGAUUGGUUUCGCAUAAUCCAACGGUUACGUUUGAGUACGGUAUUUACAGUCGAUUUUAGAAAUUUCAGGAAUAUUUGCGAUCUUUCCUCCUGACCAUGGUGGGCUCUCAACGUUAGUGUGCAAAAAUUUUUCCCGUCUUUCGCGUUCCAUCGUCGAUCACUCAAUCUUCAAUCCUGAUGAAAUUUUCACUACUGAAUAAACAAACUAUCCGGAUCAAAAUGGUGUCAAUAGUUUCUCGAUGUGGCAACUAGGGACACUGCAGUGAAUAAAAAUAAACGACCGAACCCUAACUGAAACACAUUUUACGUGCAAAUAAAUUUAAUACGAACCAACAGCUGUAAUCCACCGCAUAUUUUUAGCGAAUUUAUCACCACGAAUAUAAAAUUACUGAAGAGAUCUCCUCGAGUGGUGGGGACAAAAACUCUCCCGAGAAGCUACUCAAAAUCGAUCUUCACGCACGUUCGUCGUCCAUAAGUAAACCUUAGUUGGGGGUAUUUGAAAUGGGGUAUUUUCAAAUGCGUGUAUGUUGUUAACAAUUCUUCAAAACGAAACACGUAUACAGUAUUUGUUCGGUAAUUGGGAGAGAAAGGAAGUUCAGCUAUCAACAUUCGCUUGCUUACUGAACCGACAUGUAACAUCAAAUGAAGUGAAAAAUUUCUGCAUAACUCGAAAACUAAUCAAGCAAAUGGAACCAAAUUUGGCAUGUGAAGGUUUUAGGGGAGCACGAAACUUUUCUAUGGUGAACAGACACUGCUCCCCACCAUAACUCGAGAACUAAAUCGAGUAAUUGAUCUUUGUUCGAAAAUGAAGUGGAUUUUAAUGUGAUAAAACGCACUUCUAUAUAUUCUUCUAUCUAUAUAAAUAAAAAUGGAUAGCCGAAUGUGCUGAUAAGAGCAAAACUCGAGAAAUAAAUUAUCCGAUUUAGGGCUGUAUUUAUUCUAUUAGAAUUUCUGUAUCAAAUAUUUAUUCCAUGUAACGGAGAUGUUAUAUGCAAGUGGCUGAAAAAUCUUGAACGAGAAUUUGUCCGAAAAUAAUCUAAUAUUAUAAUGACGAGUUUUGGUAGAAGUACUAGAAAUUUUAUAGUAAAAGGUGAUUUAAAAGGUAGGUUAGAAGAUCAUGAACGUGCGCUUAGUAAGAAAACGUGAAUUUUAUAACGAAAAAUAAAUUUUGGGCGGGACGAAGUUUGCCGGGUCAGCUUCAAAUAAAAUCGAGGGGAAUUUCAGUGAAUUGUUUGAUUCGCGUUGAUCGUGAAAUUGUAUGAACAAAAGGUUUCCACAGGAAGUUUUGCAUUGAGUGCGACAACAGGUAUGAUAUAAAAUUUGGGGAAAUUAUUUUUCCGUAAUUCAAUCAAUUUUUAUGUCAUGCGCAAAUAGUGUCAGUUUUUCAACAUCCCAAACUACAUUCCAAUAGCUUCAGCCCAGUUAACAUGCGCCGAGUUAAAAAGCAGUAUAGUUGAAGCAGGUCCAGUUAUCGAACGAUUAACGUACAUUAUAUUUCACGAAGAAAACUGAAUCAAAUAGUUCACCAUAAUUCCGAAGAAAUUCUUUCACUUUACUGUUGAUACCGCACUUCAGUCGCAAUCGUGGCCAGCCGGUUCCACCAAUUCUUCAUGUGACCGAUGUCGCUGGCGAUUUUCAUGCCAUAUCGACUACCUAUUGGUAGCACCAUAUCAGAUUGCAGUAAAUCUUUGUGGGUGUAAAAACAUUGCCAACUUCUAGGCCCUUCUCAAAAAGUCGUCUAGAUUUCUUUCAAGAUUUCAAGUAUGUAAAGUUGUUGCAAUGAUCAAUGUUUUGACACCCACAAAGUGGCACUGCAAUCUGAAUUGAUGAUAGCGAUGAUGAUGGACAAAAUGUGAUAGAUUAGCAUCACUUCAAAACUCUCUCCGUCGGUAUCUUCCCGGUGGGUUUGUUUUACCUAAUUGGUUCUAGAUGCCACGGAAUGAGAAAACAGUCACAGGAUGGUUAUGUCUAUGCUUCAUCAAUAAAGAACAUAUUGAACUAUCAAAUCUGUAAGGUCGUGUACAUCAGUGAUCAGAUAAUGUGAAAGUCAUAACCAAAACAAAAAAGCAAGACUCUACCACUCACUGACAAAUUUCGGAAAGGUUUAUAGAAUUACUGGGGAACUCACUUGCGCGGAUAAUCCGCACCGCGGAUCAACCGCUCGCGGAUAAUCGAGGUUCUACUGUAUUGAAGCUUGAUGUAAUGAUUAAACUGUGGAACGAAGUGGAUCGGAAUACAAAACCACGAAAGAAAAACACAAGCUUAAUAGUUUAACUUUUAUUAGCGACCGUUUCACUGGAGAAUUAAUCUUCGAAUGAUAAUGAAAGAACACACGUUCUUACACAUUUCUCGUUGCUCGUUCCGAUUUUACGAAUGAAAUACAGCUCUGAUUGUCUUCGUGGAUUACUGUUGCCUUUUUCUGCUCUUCACCCAUAUCCUUUAACAAAGCCCUCAACCAUAUCAACUCCUGACAAGAUGGCUACGUACUCUGUUUCCAUAGAGGAGAGUGUUAUAGAAGAUUGCUUUCGGCUUAUCCAGGAAAUAGCUGCUCCUCCGAAUAAGAACGUAAAUCCUGAAGUUGGUUUCCUGCUCACCACAUCUCCUACCCAAUCAGCAUCCGCAAAACCAACCAGUUCUCCUCAACUCUCCUGUCAACUUCCAAGAUCUGGUACCAAGCAGGUAGCAUAACACUCUUUUCGCAGCCGUCCAAUCAGCUUGUGUAGGAUUACUAACUCUUCUACCUAAAAUCGAUGUGCUCACUGAUAUAUCAGGCCGUGCAUGUACUGAUAUGUAGAGUAACGCUCCGACUAAACUUCGGUACAUCGAUUGAUCUUCUAAUUUGUUCUCACAUUCUAACUUCAAAUACCCUUCGUCCAUCGGGGUUUUCGCAUAUUUUGCAUCUGACAUUCCGAAUCGAGCCGCCAACUUCUCUACGUAUCCACACAAGCUCAAGCUGUAUUUGCCUUUUGCACGGUGUAUUUCCAUACCAAGAAAGUACUGCAGUUCUCCCAGAUUCGUAAUAUCUAAAUGCUUUUUCAAUUACUUAAAUAUUCGCGUAGUAAUUGUUUCAUCAACACAUCCUAGAACCAUGUCAUCGACAUACACUAGUAAGUAUGCCAACCUACCGCUGAAUGACUUCGUAUAUAGACAUGCGUCAGCCGAACUUUGAUGAAAACCCAUUCGUAUCAGUAUUUCGUGUAGUCGUCGAUUCCAACAUCUAGCACUCUGUUUUAGGCCAUAAAUACUGCGCUUCAAACGACAAACUAGAUUUUCCUUCCCUGUCUCUACGUACCCAGGGGUUGUCGCAUAUACAGUUCCUCCUGAAGCUCGCCAUGUAGAUAUGCCGUUUUCACGUCAAGAUGUAUCAGGGUUAUGUUAUUUCGGCUCGCAAUAGCAAGUAGUGCUCGAAAUGUGAUCUGGCUUGUUACAGGCGCAAACACUUCCUCGUAGUCCACCCAUAUUACUGCGUAAAACCCUGCACAACUAGACGAGCUUUGUACUUGAUUACCUCUCCCGACGCAUCGUACUUCAACUUAUAAACCCAUUUGCUGCCGAUAGCUUUUCUUCCAGCGGAUAAAUGUGUCAACUCCCAUGUCCCAUUCACAUCAUGGCUUGACAUCUCCUCCUGCAUAGCGAUCUCCCAAUCGGCUGCCUUGUUUGAUUUUCUUGCCUCUUGUACGCUUCGUGAUUACUCCGUCACCCAGCAAACUGUAUUGACUUCAUCAUCAAAACGAAUCAGCAGUUUACCCUUAUUGUUCCUCGCCGAUCUUCGCAAUUCAGGAGAAAAACCAUCUAGUAGCGAUUCACUUGACUCAACCCCAAAAAACUCAUUUUCUGAAACACUGUCAUAGCUUGUUUCCGCCACCUGGCUGCAUCGUUUCAUCCAGCUCUUCCUCUUCUACUUGCUCAGUUACAGGAUCUCCAACCGGAUCCACUUCUGAUUGUUUAUUAGACCCUAGAGAUUCUUCUAUAACCGUUGUCUUUGGUUUAUUUACCUCCCGCACCGACUCCUUUGAAUCCAUCUCCAUUUCGAGAAAUUUUGCAUCUCGACUAAUCAAUAUUUUAUCGGUGGAUGUAUUCAAAAAACGAUAAGCCUUCCUGUUCUCUGCGUAGCCCACGAACUUUAAUUUUAUAGCGUUACUAUCCAGCUUACUACGUUUUUCAUCCGGAACACGUACCCAGUCGUCCGUUCCAAAUACUCGCAUAUGAUUAUAUUUGGGUUGCUUACCAAACCACAACUCGUACGGUGUACGAUCCAGCUUCCAAGCUUAAUAGUUUAACUUUUAUUAGCGACCGUUUCACUUGAGAAUUAAUCUUCGAACACGUUUUUACAAAUUUUGUUCGUAACGGUUGGCAAUACUUCAGCUCCGCUGUAAGAUGUUGCUGCGCAGUCAUGAAUAACGAGGUGCGCACUGAUAAUUAUAACAUAAACAUGAUUGAUUGAGAGAUAGAGGCGAAUGAACUGCAAAGUUUAAAGCCUCUUAAAAACAAAGAAAGAAAGAAAGAAUGAUUGAGAGAAAACAAGUGUAGCUCAGUGUACACCAUGUGACUUUUUUCAUUUAGGCCGUAUUGGUUCGGAAAUAUUAGGCGAUUUGCCCCCACUUACCUUGCGUCUGCACGUCUCAAAAGCAGAGCGGUGUAUGCCCAUUCACAUUGAACACUAAUUUGAUACGGAGUUAAUUUUUAUUCAUAAUUUCUAUUUGAAAGAUGUUCAUUCUGCCUGAAUAUGAACCGAAGUUCAAUGACGUGUCGUUUAUUUCGUUUUCACCGUGCAGUGUAUACGGGAAUAAGGCCCCUUGAUACAAUUUAGACGCCUCAAGACAAGAAUUGAAUCCAGUUAUUGUCAGUGAGUUAAUACACCCAGGUUUUUUUUUACGCGGGGGAUACCUACCUCGUAAAAAAAACCGCGUUAAUUGAAAAAGCCCCGUAGAAAAAACCGCGUUAAUUCGAAAAUCCCGCGUCACCUAAUGAUAGAUAUCAAAUGGGACUAUCUUUACGUAGAACGGAAGUAAAAAGUUGAGUGUUGCUCGCUUCCGAAAACCCGUAGUUUUUUCCUGCAAUUUCGUUGGUUACGGGUAGCUAUAGUUCGGCUUUCCUCACGAAUAAGGUCAUCUGCUGUUGCUAGAAGAUCCCCUAGUAAUAUGUACACUUCUCCGCCGAUGUACGUGCAAUUGGACCGUCCAGAGCUAAGAAGACAGGGUAAGACAUUCACGAAUCGCUGCCCGUAAAAACCCGGUCCCGUAGUACCGCCCGGCGAGCUCUCCGUUACCCAACACCUAAAAUCCACGUAAGAAUCGUGAUAAGGUGCAGCACUAAGCGCUAAACUCCGUUACUAGCACUAAUUACCGUAAUUUGCUCUGAGGGAACAUGAGAGAAAAAUGUGAGCUGAGGGGGAAAAUCCGCGUAAAAAAAACCUCGUAAAAAACCGCGUAAAUAAACCUGGGUGUACUCGAUCGUUUGAGACCUUCUGGAAACCAAAAAAAACCGUUACCUAAACCGUUGGGAAAACAAAU